AUGAGCUACAGGAUGAGCAUAAAUCUAGUGAAAUCAAUUGACGAGUUUGAUCCUUACCCCGAUCUCCCAGAGCAGCAUGCUUUCCUCAACCAUGACGACUUCCCUUUUAUUUUGCCGAUUGCUGAGCCAGGUGACAGCCUCGAAGGCGGCGCACGAAAGCUCUACGGCCGAGCCGAUGCAAUCCGUGUUGUCGAACUUGCUCAGUGCGAGGAUUGGAAACAGCAAAAGCUCCAGUUGCCAAGCAUCGAUUGGGAUCGGAACUACAUCAAUGUGAGCCAGGGCCGCAUGAAGACCUGCUGCCAGCGCGCCACGGACAUUGAUAUCAUCUGGAAUUUCAAAGGUGCAACCCCGGAGAAUGCGGCCUGCAUUAGCAGCAACCGGCCCAGUGUCUUGCCACUGGUGAGGGCUGUCCAGAAAUUGUCGAUUACUUUUGCUCGUCUACCUGACAAGGUUAACUCCAACCUGAGUGAGACGGAAAGCCUUUAG